AUGCUCAACAAUAAUCAGCAAUCUAUGGAUUUGAAUCAGCUCAUCCAAACUGUUCAACAACAACAGCAACAACUGGUCUCUCUCACCGAGCGAGUACAGCAACAUGACAAUCUCCUUGCUCGCCUGGACCUUUUGGAAAAGGAAAAUGGAGAAUUGAAAAAUCAGUUACAGGCCAAGGACCUUGCAAUUGAAAAAUUACAGGGCCAACUCUCAUCCCGCCGCACCAAUCAAGGUGCUCAAUCCAGCUCUCAGGUAACACCAACCCAAGAGCUUGUUACUAUUCACCAACCCGAUGCUACUCAAGGUAGCUACGCAUCUGCUGCCCGUAAAGGUGCCCAACAUCGUGACCCUGCCCGUACUACCAAACGACGUCUUGCUGCAGGUCGUAUGUUCCAAACCGCCACCACCAAAGGUCAACAAGGAUACCAGUAUGUGUAUCUAGGCCGCUCUGGUAAAAUCCUGCGCUCUGAGGUUCGUUACCAACUUCGCCGAGCUGGUAUUGAUACUGGCCGUGUGUUAGACAUCUGUUUCCCUGCCACUGGCGUCAUUGGCAUCUUGCUCCACAUCCAAUAUGUAGAGGAGUUUCUCGCCUGUAUGCGCAAAUGUGAAGCUGAUCACAUUGAAAACUUUCAACCCUUGGAUCCCAACAACAUUGCUGAUCCCAAAUAUGCUGAUCUUGCCAUUGAAGAGCGUGAGCAAUUGAUCUAUGAAUUCACCAACACCCGUGCUCUGCAAACCCUCUCUUUCCUUCGUCCACUCAACGUUAGUGGCGUUGGCAAAUACUUUGUCUCUGCUGGCUGGAUCUCUCAAGAAGAGCUAGAUAUAGCCGUCUCUGAAGCUAUCGGUCGUCUUGCCGAGAAGGAGCCCAAAAAGGCUAAAUUCUUGUUCAAGCGUCAAAAGGAAGAUCAUGACAGCAAUGGCUCUGCUAUGGAACUCUAA